AUGCAAUCAAUAGGUCCGGAGGUAUCACGCAAGAUUGUGGGCGGCCUCCAAUUGGUUCAUGAUAGCUUGCGACUGAGUGCAAAAGAAGAAGAGCGAAGGCAAGAGAACCGAUUAGCUGAGCGAGUAUCCCUACCUUCCAUUCCUUUCCCACGUAUGAUGUAUAAACCACCUGAACCCAAAACCACGGUAGACAAGGAGUUUCGAGUGUUCGCAACAUCGGUGUACUCCGUUUUGGAACGUUUCUCGAAAAGGCGCGUAAAUUUCAAUCUCUCUGUCGCGCAUCGCCGAGUCCUAUGUGAAAUUCGCAAUCUUAUUACAGCUGGAGAGAUCAAGGCCUCCGUUAGUGACAAGGAGGCGAAUUUGCUGUUCUAUCACGUGAACUAG